AUGCUAAGUAAUCAUCGCGUUAUGUAAUAUUAUUAUCGGAUGUUCGAUUGCGGAAAAGAUGAGCCAUAGUUUAAAAAUAACUUAAAACGACUAUAAAAACGCCUGCUUUCCUUCAUUCGUGUCUUAGUUGCGCGUGUACAAGUUUGAAGCACAAUGUCGAAGUCUACGAUGCUGUACUUUCUCGUUCUAUGCAUUGGCGUUAGUCUAAUAGCUGCUCGCGCUUCGGACAGACGUUGUCCUAAGGCUAAUCAAGAGUGGAGUGGAUGUGGUUCGGCUUGCCCCAGCAGAUGUGGCCAAGGAGAACCACGAUUUUGUACAAUGCAAUGCAUCAUUGGGUGUCGGUGCAAGCCAGGCUUCAUGCUACGCAAUGAUGGCGAAUGUGUACGACUAGAAGACUGCUAACUUCUUUUGUCUCGAUAUCUAUUGCGAUUGAUACUUUUUUAUGUGACGAGUAAAUAAUAGAAUAGACAUGACUGUUUUCAUGUUCAUUUGCACAGCUCUAGUGAUUAUAUAUAACUUUGAGUUUGUUUAUUUAUUUCAAAAUUUUAUAGUUUAGGUUACUUUUUACACGGAAAUAUGCUCACAAACAUAUGCAAUUGUAAAACUAAUAAAUUUAAGCAGAAAAAUAAAGAUUUAUGUACAAAACAUACUUAACUGGUCAGUUUAACACAGGAUUUUUCCAGGAAGCCUUUUCCGAGCUCGCAUAGCAACAAAGCUAUCCUUUGCACAUCGCUUUAUAUAAUAUUACUAUCAAACGUUUGAUCGUGGAAAAGACAUUCAUUGUUUUUGAAAUAGUGCGCAGAAUUGAGUAUAAAAACAUUGUUUUCCUUCAUUCCUGUAUCAGUUGCACGUUCAGAUUUGAAGCAUAAUGUUGAAAAACAGCGUACUGUGUCUUCUUUUUUUAUGCAUUAUUGUCAGCCUGAUUUCUGUUCGUAGGUAGUCUAAUAGAAAACCAAUAAGAAUUAAUAUUUUUAAAUUCCAUAAGAGAUCCAAUAAAAUAAAAAACAUUGAUAUUCAAUAGACGCUUCGGACAGCCGUUGUCCUAAGCCUAAUCAAGCGUGGUAUGAAUGUGGUUCGGCUUGUCCAAGAAGAUGCAGCCAGAAAGCAGCACAACUAUGUACAAUGAAUUGCGUUCGUGAAUGUCAGUGCGACACCGGCUACGUUCUUCGCGAUGAUAGCGAGUGCGUUCUACCAGAAGACUGCUGACUUCUUUCUAUUCAAUAUCUGUCAUGAAUAAUUUACUAUUGUUAGUUUCGUGUAGUGUUCUCAUUUAUUUGCAUAAUUGUUAACGUUAUGUUAUUUUUACUUAGUAAGUAAAUAAAUAAAUCAAUAAGGUAUGCAAAACAGUUAUUUUCGAUAAGCAGGAAAACAAUGAGUUAGAGGUAUGAGGAAAUACGGAGAAUUACUCUGUCCUUGAUACAUAAUUUUCUUUAUCAGAGGUUUGAUUAUUAAAGAGAUUUAUAACGCCUUAAUAGAGUAUAAAACAGUUGCUUUUUAUGUACGUUUCUUCGUUAAUGCAUCAGUUUCUUGCGAAAGUUUAGAGUAUAAUGUCGAAACUCACCGUUUCGUGUCUUCUCGUACUGUGUAUCUGCGGUAGUGUGAUUACUAUUGAUGCUGCGUCUCUUUUUUGUCGCAAACCUAAUCAAGAAUGGACCGAAUGUGGUUCAGCUUGUCCAAGGACAUGCGACCAGCUGGAAGAUCGAUUAUGCAUACAGCAAUGCAUUCGAGGAUGUCGAUGCAAUAGAGGCUACAUCUUGAAUAAUCAUGGCGAAUGUGUACUACCAAAAUACUGUUGAUUGUUUUUAACGCACCAUUAAAUAAUAAAUAUAUACUUAUAUAAUAAA